AUGAAACCCGGACACGUGUCCCUCUCCAGGCUCCGCACCCAUUCCUCAUCCGAAAACCCUAACCCUACGUCCUCAUACCCCUCCGUCACGCGCUCCACGAUAAUCAACGUCUCGAUUGUAGAUCCCACGCGCCUUAUUCCCGGAGGAGAACGUUCGCCGCCGUCAACGGCCGGAGGCCAGCUCCCGCCGCCGCCGCUGUCCGAGGUGCGCAGAUCUGAGCUGUACGAGAUCUCCUCAGAUCUCUCCGGUAGAAGCUGCAGCGUCACGCCUGCUCUCGCCGGCGGCGUCUCCACCUCGACGGUUGAUAUUUCCGGCGACGGCGGUUUUGAUCGCGCCGACUGCUUGCCCCGCCGGCCGCGGGAUCUGACGUACUUCCUCUUGGCCCUCUUCCACCUCUCCGGGUCCGCCUCGCCGGAGGAAGAUCCGCCGCCGGACGCAGGCUUCGGCGCGAUCGGACGGAAUCUGAGCAUUAUCCGGCUCAUGACGGAGUUAUUAUCCGGCGAUCUGAGCAUCGAUGUGCAGAUCUAG